AUGGAAAAUCCCCAAGAAGAACACUGGGUUGCAGUUAAGCGUAUCUUUCGCUACCUACAAGGCACCAAGACGCAUGGAAUUUGCUACAAGCCAAGUGCAAGGAUCGACUUCCGUGGAUAUUCGGAUGCGGAUUGGGCUGGUGAUCUUACCGACCGCAAGUCAACAUCGGGGUACACGUUCAUGCUACUCGGUGCGCCAGUGAGUUGGGGCAGCAAGAAGCAGCCAAGUGUUUCGUUGUCCACGACUGAAGCUGAAUACAUCGCACUCAGCUUGGCGAUUCAAGAGGGCAAGUGGAUUCAUCGUCUGCUUUGUGAGAUCAUGAUGGCUGCCAAUGAAGAAGGACCGGAACUCAUGAUUCAUGAAGACAAUCAGUCAUGUAUCAAGAUGACGAAGAACCCAGUCAACCACGGCCGUGCCAAGCACAUUGAUAUCAAGUACCAUCACAUCCGUGAUGAGGUCAAGCGCGGUGAAGUGAAGCUCAAGUACUGUGAAACUGCGGUGAUGUUAGCGGACAUCAUGACGAAGGGACUUCAUGGACCACGCCACAAGGAGAUGACGACGGCUCUCGGGAUUCGUGAGCAUUCGGAUUGA